AAAAAAGUUGAGUUGAAUUCGUCAGUAUUCACGGGUCAAUAUCUCAUAUCAUUCGAUAGUUUUGUUUGGAAGCGCAUUCACUUUAAGGCCGCUCUGUGUGGAUGAAACAUGCUUCAGGCUACAAAUGUUCAUUCUCUUGCUUUGUCCAAAAUAAUUAAACCGGACAAAAAGCCGGUCACUCCACUAGAAGAAGAAAUUGCUCAAGCCAUCAUAGACUUACAGAUACACGAUGACUGGUCUGAUACAAUGAAACUUUUGUACUUUUGUGAAGCAAAAGAAAUGACUAUAGGUAAAGAAAAGGCAGUCGUUAUAUAUGUACCUGUUCCGCAACUACGGACAUACCAGCUUAUACAUAACAGACUCGUAGGCGAACUCGAGAAAAAGCUCCGUGGUCCUCAUGUUGUACUCUUGGCUUUCCGAAGAAUCAUUGCAAAACCUAAAAGAAAUUGCAAAUUUAAUCCGAAGCAAAAGCGUCCUAGAAGUAGGACCCUAACAGCUGUGCACGAAGCUAUAUUGAAAGAUCUUGUCUACCCAGCUGAAAUUGUAGGAAAACGCACUCAAUUCAAAUGCGAUGGAAGUACAGUAAUCAAAUGCCACUUGGAUGUUGCGCAGAGAAACUACAUAGAGCAUAAGCUCAAAACUAUCACUGGAUUAUACAAAAAGUUGACGGGUAAAGAUGUCAUUAUCGAGUUUCCAGAUUGGGUAUUGUGAAAAUAUGUAAUAUAUGUUUGAAAUGGA